UUUCGCAUUUCCACAUUACCUAUACGUACGUGUUGAUCAACUUCUAAUAACCAUCACUUCUUUUUCGAAAUGUGUAAGUUGUUUUCAAUUAAUACAAUUUUGGUGUUAUUCGUUUUUGAAUUCGGUUACGCUGCUAUAAAAAUAGACAACGACCAUCCAUCGUAUUUCACCGUGUUUUACGACGCUGAUGAUUCAAAAUCCAUAAGUUGGUUGCAAAAUGAAUUCAAGGCGCAUUAUAAGUUAUUCGAAGAAGUCAUAACUUUCAGUUUUUUGCCGUGUUAUAAUGCUCAGCUGAGCAGUGAUGGCAAAGCGAUUACUUGUCCAGAUCCAGAUAAAACUUGUUACAAUAAUAAACUCCACGCAUGCGCCUCGGAUUAUUUUAAAGAAGGGUUCAAAUUGAAUGAUUUUUUAGUUUGUAUAUCUGAAAAAGAAAAAAAAUUAGAUCAAUGUGUUGGAGGAGAUCAAAAGUUACUCAAGACUUUGGAUGAUUGUGCGAAAGGGCCAAAAGGAUUUGAAUUAUGUCUCAAUUAUACUUCCAACUUAUUACCGUUCAAUACUUUGCCAUCAUUUCUGGGAGAUGGUUUUUAUAAACCACCCCUCGAUUUGAGUGAUAUGUUAUGCAAACAGUCGAUUUUGCAUUACCUCAAAGUUCCACCCAGUUGCAGUAAACUGCACUAACAAUAAUACCAGAUUAGCAAGUACAUACCUAUCUAAUGUAAUGAGUAGGUAGGUAUAAUAAAUAAAUGUACUUGAAUAAUUUUCAGUCAAUUUGAAAUUUUUUUAAGUAAAUUAAGUAGGUAUCCAUAUUUUAUUUUAAGUUACUCUUUUAUUAGCUUACGAAUAAGUUUCUUCAGUAUACAUAUUAUAACAGUGUUGAAAAAAUAUUUCAUGAGACAGGCAAAUUCAUUUU